UUGAAUUCGUAUAAUUUUCGAAGCCUAUACAAAGAGUUUUUCUAAUUUCUUCACUCGCAAAAAGAAACCAUGGAUUCAAUGGAGAUUAAUACGUUACGAUAUAGCAAACCUUCUCAGCCUUCAUCUGCUCAUUCUUUGAAGCAAAGGCGAAGCGGAUAUGAACCUUCUGAUACAGAAACAGAUUGGCAAGAAAGUCCAUUGCACGAUCAGAGUCAUCAAUAUGAUGGUAUUUUUGGUAGAAAAAUGGGUUUGGAUUUGCCAAGAAAUAUCAGUCCUAUAAGAAAUAUCAGAAAAGUUUCAUCGAAAUUCGAAGAUUCUUCUCCGAAAAAAGACUCUAGAGUUAGUCCAGUUCGAAGAAGGAAUAGCAGCAAGUCACCAUACAAGGCAAGAAAAGAAGAGGGUAGAAAUGUUUCUCCAAUAUCAGUACGAAGAAAUGUUAGUCCUUUCUCAAAGUCUGAGUGUAAAAGACAGAUUUCUCCAAUUAACUCCAAUACAGAGAAUCAUGUUAUGCAUAACAAUGAAGAGAGUAUAAGCUCUAGCAGAAGGAAAAAUCAAAGAACACCAAAUAGAGAUGAAAGGAGUCCUUUCUCUCAAUUUGGUGAAGUUACUAGAACGAGUGAGAGGUCAGGUCAUAGUCGUAGAUCAUUAACUGCACCAAGACAAAGACCUAGAGAGAAGGAUCAAGAAAAUAACCAAAGAGCCCCAUCGCCUUUGACAAGAAGCAUGUCUAAUAAACAAAGGGAGAGAGAAGCUACCCAUGUACAAACACCUUGUGUUGGUGAACUAAAUGAGAUGGUAGCUAAUAUUAAAAUGUCCAGAACUCCUGUGUUUAAUGCUCCGAAUUUUGAAAGCACUGGGUCUAUUUCGCCUGGCGAUAUCUUCUUUUCUCGCGAUCGUACAGCUUUGAUGAUGCAGAAGAAUGGCUUGCCAAAGAAUGGUAAUAAUAUGACUCCAAGGCCUACAAGUUUUUUAAGUACUAGUAACGGCAAUGUCAAACAUAACCCACCUAGAAAUUUAAUGAGUUCCUAUUCAAGAACUAGUAUGAUUACUAGCUCUGCUGUAACUAGUGGAAAGUUUAGUACUGAAAGUAGCAAAAUGAGCGAAUCGAGUAGAACAACAAGUGGGAGCUUGAAAAAGUUUACAGCAAAUAUAAAGAAGAGCCAGUCAGAUGCUUGGUUCUCCUGUAUGAGAAGAGGGUCUUGCAGGAAUUCAAGAUCAUCACCUGAAAAGGGGCAAUUGAAUGAAGCUUCAUUUAUAGAAAAGGCUUUUGUAGUCGAAAACUUGAGACAGUUUUGGGCUGAUAAACAUCAACCUUGCUCUUUGAAUGGAUUUACUUGCCACAAACAAGAAGCUCAACUUCUUAAGCAAAUUGUAUCUCUUAACAAUAUUCCCCAUAUUCUGCUAAAGGGACCAUCUGGUUCUGGGAAAAGAUCACUUGCAAUGGCUCUUCUAUGCGAAAUAUUUGGUGAUGCUUGUCGAAAUGUAUCACAUGAUUUAAGAUAUUUCCAGGUGCAGGAAAAGAGAGCAAUGCAGGUUGUUGUUCCAAUAACAUCCAGUGCUCACCAUGUAGAGCUAAAUGUAACCUCAGAACCAAAUGCUAAAUAUGCACUAAUGGGUUUAGUGAAGGAAAUAAGGAACAACUAUGCUAUUGUUCCUGAAGUCAGCACUGCUACUUUUAAACCAGAUUACAAAGUUCUUGUUCUUUACCAGGUGGACAAAGCAAUCGAGAAUGUUCAGCACUUAAUAAAAUGGAUAAUGGACUGUUAUACCGAUACUUGUAAACUCAUACUGUGUUGUGAAGAUGAUGUAAACAUAUUAGAAUCAGUUAAGAACCGUUGCAAAGUUAUCAAAGUCGAUGCUCCUGUAACCCAUGAAAUCAUGGAAGUUCUCAUUCAGAUAGCUAGGAAAGAGGACUUUGAUCUACCUAUGAACUUUGCUGCUAGAGUUGCUGCUAAAUCGAAGCAGAAUCUAAGAAAAGCAAUCAUGGCUCUCGAAGCAUGCAAAGCACACAACUAUCCUUUUGCUGAUGAUCAACCGAUUCCUUUGGGAUGGGAAGAGGUCUUGAUAGAACUUGCAACAGAAAUCUUAGCUGAUCCUGCACCUAAGAGACUGUUUUUAGCACGUGGAAAGUUUCAAAAGCUUCUUGUGGAUUUUGUGCACCCAAAACUAGUUCUCCUGAAACUCGCCGAACAAUUCCUCAAGGGAGUGGAGGCUAGUUCGAGAAGGGAACUUUAUUACUGGCAUGCUUAUUAUGAUAAGAGGCUCCCAACAGGAUCAAGUGCUUUGCUAAAAUUAGAAGAAUUUGUGGCCAAGUUCAUGAGCAUACAAAGAAAGAAUUCCGGUUCGAGUUCCAAUCGGUAUGAGUAGUGCAAAUGGUGCUGGUUUGAGAUCCUCUAUCUAUAUGCUUAUACACAUGUUUAUGUAAUGCUACUUGAAAAUUGAAAAUAUAUCAGUUUCUGUUGUUUUAUAACAUGAAAGGUGAGGAUUUUUCUGUAUAACUUGUAUGUACUGCGGCUUUCAAUGAAAGAUCAAUUUGAACUGUUCC